AUGGUAUUUUAUUCUUCAUUUAUGCAAAAAGGUAAAAUAAAAAUAAGAGAAUGAAAAAUUAAUUGCAGCUUAGAAUUACAAUCAAAAAUAGUAUAUAAAGAUGAAGAAUAAUAAAAAGAGAAAGAAUAAUAUCAUUGAAAGAAGAUAAUGUAAAUCUAAAGUUAAUAUAAGGGUCAUUUAAAUUAUCAAAUUUAGUUAUAUAAAUUUAGAGGCUGAAUAAAAAAAGAUAGCAUUAAAAAAAAUGUAAUAAAAAUAAAAAGAAAUGCAUAAUAUGUCCAAAAAGGAUUCAACUUAUAAAAAUGCUUGGAUUCCAGAAUCUUAGCCUGAAUAAUAAGAUGAGAAAUUAGAAGGAAACUAAAGAAUUAUUCUAAUAUAAAUGUAAUAAAACACUUAAAUACUAAUAAUUGUCAUGAAUAAAAAUUUUGGACAUAUUAUUUGUUGA